CAAGGAAAGGCGUGACGUCACGUUCUGUUGUGGAAGUCAGCAGUGGAGUAGAAGUAGCUGAAGCUUGCAUCUUUUUAUUGCCCAGGUUGUUGUAGAGAUACGGCGGACUCAUUUGCCAGCACAGAGAUCUGUGGUCGAAUUACAUCCCAGCCAUGCACGCAGUGACACUAAGAGACCUGAUGCAGAUAUGGAUGCUGUUUCUGUGGUGUGCAUCGUGUAACUGUGGACCAGAUCCCAGGAAGCGGGAGGCUCUGAUAAGGCUGGAGGCGUCUAGACGGACAGGAGGCAACAUAACACUGAACGAGAGAGAGAAACUGCUUGACGGAAAGCUUCAGAAACUGAAGCAGUAUGAUAUGGAAGCAAGACAGUUCCCACCGUCCAUGCAUUUCUUCAAGGCGAAGCACCUCAUCGAUCAAAGUCCUGUCUUUAGUUUGCUUCAGAAGAUGCCUAAAGGUGCGGCCCUGCAUGUUCAUGACUUUGCUAUGGUAGGUGUGGAUUGGCUGGUGAAGAACGUGACCUACAGAGAGAACUGCUACGUGUGUUUCACAGAUGAGCAGACCGUGCAGUUUAUCUUCUCCUCUGGACAGCCUGCGUCUCAUCCACGAUGCUCAUCAUGGACUUUGCUAAGAUCCCUCAGGGAGAAGAUCAAAAACAGCACUGAUUUGGACAACAGUUUCAUUCGAAAUCUCACGCUCUUCACCGAGGACCCAGACAGAGCCUAUCCUAGCCAAGAUACUGUGUGGAAGAGAUUUGAGCAGGCUUUCUUGGUGGCCUACGGGUUGGUCACCUAUGCACCUGUGUUCAAAGACUACCUCUAUGAAGGUCUCAGACAGUUUUAUGAGGAUAACAUCAUGUAUGUGGAAAUCAGGGCGCUGCUGCCAGUGACGUAUGAACUUGAUGGCAAACUAAAUAAUAAGGACUGGAGUAUGAGGGCCUGCCAGGACGUUGUGAAAAGAUUUACAGCAAACUACCCAGACUUCUUAGGAGCUCGGGUGAUUUUUACCAUCCACAGAGGUAUAAAUGCAACCGAGGCGGUGAAGACAGUAGAGGAAGCAAUGACACUACACAGAAACUUUCCAGAUAUAAUGGCAGGCUUUGACUUUGUAGGACGAGAAGACCUUGGAAGACCUCUGUGGUACUUCAAGGAUGCUUUGAGUCUACCUGAAGACAGGGGUGUUAACCUGCCCUACUUUUUCCAUGCAGGAGAGACAGAUUCACAGGGAACAGAUGUCGAUCAGAACCUCAUGGAUGCUCUUCUAUUCAACACCACACGAAUAGGUCACGGCUUUGCUUUGGCACGUCAUCCUGUAGUUAAAGAGAUGUCUAGAAAGAUGGACGUACCACUUGAAGUCUGUCCAAUCUCAAAUCAGGUGUUGAAACUGGUCUCAGACUUGCGGGACCACCCAGCGGCAGUGCUGAUGGCUGAGGGUCAUCCUGUAGUGAUCAGCUCGGAUGAUCCAGCUCUAUUUGGGGCCACUGCCCUUUCACACGAUUUCUACGAAGCCUUCAUGGGCUUUGGAGGAAUGAGCUUUAAUUUAGGCACGUUGAAAGAGCUGGUCAUAAACUCCCUCAGGUACAGCUCAUUGCCGAGUGAAACUAAGAAAAAGGCUAUUGAGGUAUUGUUGGUAAAAUGGGACAAGUUUGUCUCGGAAAGUUUAUCGUAGACUAUUUCAACAGGUAGUCUCUAAAUCAGGAUGUUUUAAACAUGCUCUAAGGGCAUUUUUUUUUACAGAAUGUGUUCCCCUUAUGUUUGUCAUAUUGGUGAACAUACUGGGGUGUGAAUUCUGCAAUUUAGCUGUUACUUGAUGUGAGAAACUGAAUGUAUUAUCUUGAAUUGGCCUGUGCUGCCAUCUGGUGCAGAAUCUGUGUACUGAUUAUCUUGACUUCCAUUGAAACAAAAUGGAGGACUCCAGUCCAGUGCUUGAACCUUCAGGCUGAUGACAGCAGUUUUGUGAAUGCUAAUCGAGACUUUAGAUUUUUAUGACAGCAAAGUCACACAACAUAUAGGCGUUUACAAGGUAGACCACUUCAGGACACCUGAUGAACCAGAAAAACUGUGAUGUACAAUGUCAGUUAAUUGUGUUUUAUUUGAAAAAGAAGUUCUGAAAGGAAUAGUUUACCUAAAAAAGAAAAUUUUCUGAAAAUGUACUCCUCAGGCCAUUCAGGAUGUAGAUGAGUAUGUUUCUUCAUCUUCCUCACCAAUGGAUCCUCUCUGCAGUGAAUGGGUGCCAUCAGAAUGAGAGUCGAGACAGCUGAUAAAAACAUCACAAUAACCCACAAGUAAUCCACAUGACUCCAGUGAAGCAAAAAGUUGCAUGUUUGUAAUAAACAAAUCCAUCAAUACAACGUUUUUAACUGCAAACCGUUGCUUCCACUUAAAAUAGUGUCUUUCAUCUAUAAUAUUGCUUUCUCCAGUGAAAAAUAUCUUUCUGAUAUCUGAAUCAGGAGGGAAAUACACAAAGAUCAAGCACUGGUUACAAGUGAAAAAAGUCCUAAACAAAUGUGACCCUGGACCAUAAAAGCAGUCAUAAGUAGCACGGGUAUAUUUGUAGCAAUAGCUAACAAUACAUUGUAUGGGUCCAAAUAAUCUAUUUUUCUUUUAAGCCAAAAAUCAUUAGGAUAUUAAGUAAAGAUCAUGUUCCAUGAAGAUAUUCUGUGAAUUUCCAACUGUAAAUAUAUCAAAACUUAAUUUUUGAUUGGUAACACAUGCAUUGCUAAGAACUUCAUUUGGAAAACUUUCAAAUAGUUGUAUCUCGGCCAAAUAUUGUUGUAAAAAAGUUGUAUACUCGGCCUAUCCUAACGAACCAUGCAUCAAUGGAAAGCUUAUUUUUUCAGCAUUCAGAUGAUGUAUAAAUCUCAGUUUCAAAAAAUUGACCCUUAUGACUGGUUUUGUGGUCCAGGGUCACACAUGUUGGUGGAUUUUGAUGUUAGAAGACAAAAAGGGAUAAACUUUUCACUGGAGGAAGUGUUAUUAUGGAUUAUAUAUUUUGGGCAGAAGCAAAGGUUUAACGUUAAAUUCACAACUUCACAAGACAUUAAUUGAUGGACUGGAGGAGUUGUGGAUUAUCAUGAUGUAUUUAUCAGCUGUUUGGACUCUCAUUCUGACAGCACCCAUUCACUGCAAGGGAUCCACUGAUGAGCAAGUGAUUUAAUGCUAAACCAAGCCUGUUCCAAUGAAGAAACAAACUCAUUUUCAUUUUUGAAAUUUUUUUUUUGUUCACAUUUUCAUUUUUGGGUGUCCUAUUCCUUCAAAGUUUUUAAAAGUACAUUUUUACUUUAACAACCUUUGUAGGCUGACUAAAGUUACCUGAUUUCAGUUGUUUAUGAAUAUGAAACUUAUUUUGUUUACAACAUGAAUGUUUUAAAAAAACAAGUAUUGCAACUCUAUAUGACAUUCGCCAUCUUUACUGACCUAUUAAAAAUUGUGCAGCUUUCCAAAACACUUCAAGCGGAGUCCCCUGUCUAUUUAAAGUCAAGGUUUAGUGUAAAAUGAUCCGGUGUAUUGUCCUCGACUACUGAGCCCUGAUGGUGUUCAUCUUUCAG